CACAUACAAGAUUCCAAAAGAGAGAGUGGCAAUUGAAUGAUGGAGAGAGUUGAGUAGAAAUCUGAAGUUGGAAUGAUCAAUAAUUCGCAAAUCCAAGGUAAGUACAAGGUUCCUGUAGUCACAGAGCAAAGCUGUGAAAUGGUGACCAUCAAGGCAUCUUACAGGGUGAUUCCAAAUGAGCCAACUCCCAAUGGUCCUUUGUGGCUUUCUGAAAGUGACCAAAUGGUGCGUUGGACUCAUGCUGCUACACUCUACAUUUACAAGGCAAACCACAAAGAUGAUGCCAUUGAGAGAAUGAGAGACUCUCUUAGCAUGAUUUUGGUGCAUUACUAUCCAAUAGCUGGUCGAUUAAGGUGGAUACAAGGUGGUCGAUUGGAGUUGGAUUGUAAUGCAAAAGGGGUGGUGUUGAUGGAAUCUGAAUCCACAAAAAGAAUGGCUGAAUAUGGAGACUUUUCACCCAAAGAACCCAUCGAGGACCUUAUUCCUACAUUUGAUUAUACUCAACCAAUAGAAGAGAUUCCCUUGCUGGUUGUACAAGUCACAAGGCUCUAUGAUAAAGGUGUUGCUAUUGGAGUUGCUCUUUCACAUUCUCUGGCUGAUGGGUUUGCUAAUGUUUGUUUCAUCAACACAUGGGCCAAGUUGGUUCGUGGAGAUACAUUAGACAUGGAUGAAAUGUUUCCAACUUUAGAUAGAUCAAUAAUGCUCAAAUCCUCAUACCCUUCAUUUGCACCACGUUUUGAUCAUCCAGAGAUGUACCCUCUUCCCCUCAUGCUAGGAAAAUCUGAUUGCAUGGAAGAGAAAAAUAAGAGCCUCACGGUUGCAACAUUGAAACUCACAUCACAACAAGUGGAGAAACUGAAGAAGAUGGCCAAUGAUCAAACUCAGAGAAAAGGGUCUAGACCUUAUAGUAAAUAUGAAGCUAUUGUUGCAUAUAUAUGGAGAUGUGCAUGUAAGGCUCGUCAACUUGAUGACACUCAACCAACUCAAGUUCGGUUUCUUGUUGAUAUUCGCAACAAAUUAAAUCCACCUCUCCCUCAAAACUAUUUUGGCAAUGCUGUGGCAAGAACAGUGUCACCAAUGUGCAAUGUUGGAGAACUUAUAUCAAGCCCUUUGAGCUAUGCUAGCCAGAAAAUAAGGGAAUCAAUUGAAAUACUAACAAAUGAGUACAUAAGGUCGCAGCAAGAUUUUAUUAGGGGGCAGGAACACUUGGAUUGGAUAAGGGCUUCUUAUAUACGUCCUAAAGAAGAUAGGAAUGCCCCAUUUGAUGGGAAUCCUAAUCUUGGGGUUGUGAGUUGGAUGAGCAUGCCAUGGCAAAAAGCAGAUUUUGGAUGGGGGAAACCUAUGCAUUUCGGCCCUGGACACAUGUGGCCUAGUGACAUUGGAGUCAUUAUUGGAGGCCCAAAUGGGGAUGGUUCUAUCAUCAUAUCUAUGCAUUUUCAAGUAGCACAUAUGCAACUUUUCACCAAGUUCUUUUGGCAGGAUAUGUUAGAUUCUAGCCUUUGA